UUUCUUGCUGAACAGAACGUUUCUUUCCGUUGGACGAAUAUGUUUCAAGUUCGGUAUGUGACGAUUAUCGUAUUGUGCUGUUUCACCGUAAUUUACGGUAACGUUGUGAGAAAUGAAGAUAUUUGUGGAACUCACAAUGGCAGACGCUUAUACCUGGAAUUAGGCGAAAAGGGUAUACUUUAUGCUAAAAAUAUAUCCUUCAUCAAAAAUUCACCUAGACAACAAUCAUCUAGAAUUUAUGCGACUAAUAGUUCGCACGAUCAAUGCAGUCUCGAAUUAGUAACCUGUCCUUCGUGCGUUAUAAUUGUUACCUUCAAGAAUCUUGCAUUAUCCCAUCAUUGCGGUGAUGGUGGUGUUAUGAUGGAUAAUCCGUGCAGGUGUGAUUACGUUUGGAUUUCUGAGCCACCGUACGAAGAUGUUUCAGGUACACCUUAUUGCGGUUUAUAUUCUCCUAUCAUGUAUAGAUCAAGUACCAGAACAUUAUCCAUCACGUUGCUCUACAGUCAAUCGCAUAAGCACGCUUUUACACUCGAAUAUACAGCCGAAAGAAACAGAUUACAUCUUAAAGGAACAGAAAUGAUGACAGCUGUUACGAAAGGUCUGAAUAGUACAGGCGGAGGUAUUCUAACGUCUCCGUUUUUUCCAGCACGAUAUCCACGAGAUUUAGGUUUGGAAUACAUAAUAACUUGUCCGUCCGAAGCUCCGUCCUGUCGGAUCAGAAUAUUGUUUAGUGAUUUUCAAUUAGCUACAGUUUCUAUCAUGGAGUUUUAUGAUUGGAAUGGUCAACGACUUGACGUCAGUAGUGGUGCAAGAUUUCGUCCACCGGUGAUAGUGAGUUCCGGUCCUUCCCUUCUGAUAAGAUUUUAUGCUAAUGGUGGUACCGGUCUGGGAUACAAAGCAUUUUAUUCGUUCGUAAUCGGCCAUCUCUAUGACAAAUCAAUUCAACCAAUCACGGAUUGCGGAGGAUACGUUGAAAAUUUGGGCGGUGCGAUUACCAUGAUGGACAUGGUAGGACAAGGUGUUAAAACUUACGAUUGCGUUUGGUUGAUAAGACCACCGAAAAAUUUUCUACACAUGAAGACGCAUAUGUAUUUGAAAGUUGUCGCAUUCGCUGACAUGGCUGGUAAUACGGAAUUGACUAUAAAGCAAGGUCCCACAUCGGCACUUUUACCUUUGGAAGUUUUAAGACACCCCGUGAGUCAGUUACAACCACCCAGACACAGAGAACACAUUGCACCCGUUACAAGUGGAUUUCACGUAAGCCUUCGGGGUACUUUUGGUCCAACAUCGCAUCUGGCUAUAGCCUACACUGCUUUUAGUUACAUGGAUUGUUUCACGGGCUCCGACUUUCUGUGUCAAAAUCACAGAUGCAUACCGAGCCAACUUAAUUGUGAUGGAUUUGAUCAUUGCGGAGACAACAGUGACGAACCAGCUACAUGUUUCAGAGAUUGGGACGUCGAGCCGAGGGAUAGAAAAUGGCAUACAAAUAAAGCGAAUUAUUAUUUCCCGAAGAUAGAUCGUUAUCCCGAUUUAAAAACGGCCACGUUGGUUUUCGUUGCUAGUAGUCUUGGCUUGAUUGUAUUGAUAUCUGCCCUUAUAAUAUUGUUGUACAGAAUGGGUGCCAGAGCAAGACAACAGAGAGAAUUACAAUCGCGUUUACAAACGAUCAGUGAACUUUUGGUCUUUGACAUUACAGACGGUGCGAGGAUAGAUGAAAUCUCAGUGACGGAUGAUCCACCGGUUUACGAAGCACCACCCGGAUACGACGAAGUUGUCAAACUGAGCUUAGAAUCCGACGUUGUUGGACGAAAGAAGAGAAGAAGUUUCAGUCGCGAGUCGAGAAAUAGAAAUUCACCGAGUAGAUGCUCACACGAGCAAGAGGCACAGUCGUCGAUGUGUUUAGAGGGUGCCAGUACCAGUCGAGGUAGUCAAACAACUCCGACAACUUCUUCAACUGCGAGGAAUUCAAGAGUUCCCGAAAGUCCGCCACCACCUUACGUUACACCUCCGGGAUCGAUUGGUAGAAGUCUUCAUAUUUCUGAUAUACCUUCCUCUUCUUCGGGAUCUGCUGAAAUCAAUGACAGUGUCGGAAUACGAAAAUGUCGGGCACGUCGAGCCUGGUUAAGAACAAGUUGCGAAUUUUCUCGAUCCCAGCAACAGAACGACGACAAAUUAAGACAAAUGAAAGAUUCUUCGUGUUCAUCGAUCGACGCUGAAGUCCUCGGUGCGUAUCUCCAGGACUACAUUGCCUCCUGUUCGAGCUGCACGAUCGACUGCUCUGCUUCACAGCCGAACAACUCUCAGAGUGCAUCGAGCGACAUCAAAGGAGAAUCAUCCCAGGUAAUCAGAGAAGAACACGUAGGCCAAGGAGAAGACGAGGAACAUCAUCGGGUGGACGACGUCGUUGGUAAUUCGCAGAAUGGAAGUACAGAUGGGUGUUCUUGCGAGGGUGCUUGUGGAUGUGCCAAUAAUCAAAUAGUUUUAAUCGACGAGUCAACGAUCAAUCAAAACCCACAAAUAAACGAAGUUACAAUGAACGAUGAAGAUUUCGAGCAAGCAACUGUUAGUGUUGAAUCGGGAAGGAAACAAACCAACGGAGAAAAUGGAGACGAAGAGGAAUCUGUAUCACCGAAAAAACAUGCUAUUAUCAGACUUCUAGGUAGCAGUUGUUCGAGGCAUAGCAGAUCAUCGUCCAUUAGCAACGUAAAUUCGACUGGUAUAUCUACGGCAACUUCUACUCCUUACAGUACAUUAGGAAGAUCCUUCAGGAAAGUAUCAGUCUGUUCGCGUGACAGUUAUGCAACUAAGAUAUCAACCAUAAGUGUUUGCAACAGUUGCGAGAAACUUCACGACGAGUUUCAAUUCGUCUCAGAAGCGGCGUCAGUUAUCGGGGCUACAAAUCCAAGUACUAUGGCUAAUACACCUAUCAGUACACCGAAAAUCAUCAAUCUUCAACGUAGACGCGUUAGAAGAUAUUCAAGCUGCGAUUUGGAAAGUUUUUACGAAAGUAUCAAAGUUUUGGAUUCUUACCUAGCUCGUAGAUGUUUGUCGUCCAAUCAACCACCACGCAGACAAUCAACUAUUGCCGUUAUGCUUUUUGGUACACCUGAACAUUCUGGUAGACGUCUAACUGGCAUUUCUAGAUCAGCUGAUGGAACGAUACGAACUCGUACUCGUAUAUGGCGUUCCAACGAUGAUACUUUGUUCAAUUGAUCUCUUUCCUAGAAAAAUUACUUGAGAAAAUGUUUAAGAAAAAAUGUUUUCUCUCUCUCUCUCUCUCUCUCUCUUUCUUUCUUUCUUUCUUUCUUUGUCUC